AUGGCUAAGAGACCAUUAGGAAUUUCCCAAAAGAAUAAAUCAAAGAAACAAAAGAAGGAGACCACUCCAGUUUCAAAAGAAAACUCAAACUCUCCGCAACUGACUUUCCAAGUUAACGAAAAUGAAGAUCCAGAAAAUGAAAUUACUCAACUGAAGACCCUUUUAAAAUCAUAUUUAGAUUCUCCAAGGGACACCGAGACUUUGCUAAAUGGUGUUAUUAACGAAUGUAACUCUGCUAUAACCGCUAAGAAUGAAACACUUUUAAACGACAUUGAAUUUUAUGUAAUUUUUGCCAUUGCACUGUCUGAAUUAUCUGUGUUCAAAGUCAAUGACUCUAAAUUGAGGAUUAAUGAUAUCUUCGAAAAUGCAAUGGAUGCCAUAAAGUUGGGUAUGGAAAAAAACUUCAAAGACACUUCAAAAUUGAGAUUAAUCGUCUCUAAAAUCAUUUUUCAAAGAAUCCCAUUAGAAUACAUUUCCAAAUUGAAAGUUAGUAGUACCAAGAUUGCUAACAUCGAUCUUUCCAAGAUGUUGAAAGAAGGUAUUGAAUCAUUUUCUGUCAUAAGAGAAAAGGAUAUGGACCAAUUGGAAUUAUGCUUUGAAAUAUUAAAAAGUUUUGAUGAUUUAUUAGAUAUUGUAGAAAAUUUUGGUACUGAGAAUAAUCUAAAGGAAGGUUUAGAUAGUGAUGAUGAUGAAGAAUUGGAUGAGGAGGAAGAUGAAGAGAUUGUUUUGAAGAAGAAUCAUCCUCUACAUGGAAUUAAGAACAAUCUUCAUAGUCAUUACAAAUGGUUGAAGAAUCAAUUCAUUGAAUUAUUUGAAUUUGUUUCUGAAACUUAUAAAGGUAGUAAAUUAUACCACUCCAUUGCGAAAUCUACCGGUGAAUUAUACUUGAAAGAUGCUGAAAUUCCAUCAAGUACCUAUGUAAGAUUACAAUAUGGACAUGAUGAUGGAGGUGAUGAAGAAAUCACGUUAACUGAAGAAGAAGAGAAAUUAGCUGCUGAAUCUCAAAAGGAGGCGUUGAAUUUGAUAAAAUCUGCAUUGGAAUAUCUAGAUAAAGCGCAAAUUUCUGAUGAUCCAGAAACUUGGGUUCAAGUUGCAGAGGCUUACAUCGAUUUAGGAAAUAUCCACGACUACGGUUCGACUGAACAAGAAGACGCCUACAAGAAAGCUGAGGAGCUAUUGAAGAGAGCCAACGUGGCAUCUCACAAUAAAUAUGAAGAUAUUUUAAACAACCUACUGCAAAAGGAUUGA